AUGGUUUCUUUGGCUACAUCCAAAGGUUCCAUAGCUGGGGAUUUGACAUUCAAUGAAGCAGAUGGUAAUUUUGUGGACUGCAGUUUGUCUUCAGCAGGUGUUCCUGUCCCUUCCCAUGUCCAUGGUUUGUAUAAUUUGUGUACAACUGCCAAGUUUGUGUUGGUUGUUGAAAAAGAUGCUACUUUCCAAAAACUCCUUGAUGAUGGCAUCUGCAGAUCUUUAGCACCUUGCAUUAUGAUGACUGGUAAAGGUUUUCCUGAUUUAAACACGAGGUUAAUGGUGCGAAAACUCUGGGACACAUUCCAUUUACCUACAUUUGUCUUUGUGGAUGGAGAUCCUCAUGGUAUGGAGAUUAUGUGUGUAUAUAAAUUUGGAUCUAAGGCUCUUUCCUUCGAGGCCCAUAACUUGACUGUCCCCUCUGUUAUGUGGAUAGGAAUAUUGCCUUCAGAUAUUCACAGACUUCAGAUUCCUCAGAAUAUGUUAAUUCCCCUGAAGAAGUCUGAUUUUGACAAAGCUAGAGAUCUGUCAAAAAGACCUUACUUCCAGGCUCAACAAGCAUGGAAGAGAGAGCUUGAGCUGCUGGUAGCUAUAGGAGUGAAGGCAGAAAUCCAAUGUCUGACUAGCCUGUCUCCAACCUUCCUAUCAGAAGUCUACCUUCCUAACAAAAUCCGGUUUGGAGGAUGGAUCUAAUAUAGGGAACCCCACACUAAGUCAUCAGCAUUCAAAAUGCAGUAUACAAGUUGUGACCAGAGCAAUCCUUGCUGUUACCUUUAUUUCACCCUUAAUAUACAUUCUUUUAGAUACAAAUAAUUUAUCCAAGUGUCUGAAUAUAUUGUGAUUUCUCCUGUCUGUCCAUGGUGUCGCCACUACUAUUGCUUUUCUUCACUGUCGCUAGUUGAAACGUGCCUGAUUUUGUUAACAUUUGCUGGGAUAUUUUUACCCAAAAAUUUAGCCCAGUACAUGUAUCUUAAUAAGAUUUCUGAUUAGAUUUUACACUUUUUAUUGCAUGUUGGAUAUGUAUGUGCCCCAUUUGCCCUCAGGCCACCAGGUCAUGUGGUGAGGAGGCUAUAUCAGUAAAGUGCAGGUUUCAUAAGACGUUUCUGUACGAUAAGACGAAGGUCGGUUAUGAAAAUCGGCAAAAUCAGAUAAUAUCAAGUGUUUUAGUGUGCUUGACACUUUUAUGUGUUCUCUUUCCCUCCCUCCCUACAUUUACAUUUGGGAAAGGUGUUGACAGAAUUUUAAACAGCAGAUUUACCUAAGUUGCCUCAGGUAACCUACUUUUAUCAGUAUUUCAUGCAGUCUUAAUAUUCUUAUGUCCGUUAAGUUUUCCUUUGAUAGCUUUGGCUAAAACAGAACGCGUUAGAUUUUAAAUGAUACCUACGCCUUGCUUAUGCUUUCAAAUUUUUUUUGUUAUUUGCCAUUUAAGGAAUUUAAGAUUUCUUGCCUUGUGUCAUUGUUCACUUUGAAACUGCUUAUUUUUUUUAAAGAAGUGUUUUUCAGACAUUGUUAUCAGCCUUAUAUAAACGCUGGGUCUGUGCCAAAUUUUGUGUCGUGUUGCCCUAUAAAUGAAGUGCUCAUUCUCACAUAUACUGAAAAGUUUCAUAUUUUAACGUACUACGUAGAACAGAUAUGAAUUUUAAAAAGGCGUUGCCUUGCGUAAAAUUUGCGGUUACCCGCAUACAUUCCAUGUCAUACUUUAA